GUGUGCGCGAGCAACACACACACACACAGCUUUGUCUAGUCUUUUUCCUCCCCAGGUUUUGUCUAUGAAAAAUCUGGCUUUUUUUUCAGCACCUUUGCUCUUGUUUGUGAAGAAUAUAAGAAGGAAGUUAAACCUGACCUUUCACUAGAUUAGGCAGCAGAGUCAGAAAAUCUGCAGCCUCAAGUUUAGAGAAGAGAGUGCGGUUCUUUAAACACAGUUUCCUCUGUGGUGACAUGUCCUGGAGAGGAAAAGAGUUAUUUUUCCUGUUAGCUGGCUGCUGUUCAUAUCUGCUUUGGGAAGCUUGCAUUAAAUCUAAGGAAAGACCUACACACAAAGACCAAUGCAUUUCAUUUUCUGCAUUGUGAUCCUGGCUGGUACUGUAUUCUACACCAGAAGUGACUUUCUGGAGAAUAAUGCGAAGCUUGAAGUACAGCUUGAAUUUAGUGGGAGACCCCCUUUAAACCCAAGAUUUCUCUCAGUAACUAUUGACGCAAGCCUUGCUUCUGAGCCAAAAUACAUUGCUUUCCUUGGUUCUCAAAAGCUUAUCACUUUGACAAGAGGCUUAUCACCUGCCUUCUUGAGAUUUGGAGGAACUCAAUCAGAUUUCCUGUUCUUUGAACCAGAAAAAAGUGCUUCAGAGGAGGAAAACAUUUUCUGGGAAAAAUCAACAAACCAAGCUAAGAAAUGUGAAGAAUACAAAGUCCCCCUUUCCGUGCAACAUAAACUUCAAUCUCAAUGGCCAAUCCAAGAGCAAAUCAUACUGAAGGAAGAAUUUCUUAAAAAAUACAAAAAUUCUACAAUAACAAAAGAAACUAUUGAUCUGUUGUACAGAUUUGCAAACUGCUCGGGCUUGCAUCUCAUUUUUGGACUGAAUGCAUUACUGAGAAAUGUACAUGAUCAGUGGAAUAGUUCCAACGCUAAACUACUCAUUGAUUACUGUGCUUCAAGGAAGUAUAACAUGUCAUGGGAACUAGGAAAUGAGCCCAACAGUUUUAAGAAGAAGUCUGGACUGUAUAUUAAUGGCUUUCAGCUUGGCAAGGAUUUUUUGAGUUUGCAUAAGCUACUCAGCACAUACCUCCGCUACAAAAAUUCUGGAGUCUAUGGUCCUGAUAUUGGCCAACCUAAAAAACCUUCUCAAAAGAUGCUGACAAGCUUUUUAAAAGAAGGUGGUAAAGUCAUAAACUCGGUUACUUGGCACCACUAUUAUGUCGAUGGGCGAACUGCUUCUAAGAGGGAUUUUCUCAAUCCACAUAUACUGGAUUCUUUGGCUUCAGAGAUUAAGACAGUAUUUCAGAUUGUUAAUCAAACAGUUCCUGGAAAGCUAGUAUGGUUGGGGGAAACCAGCUCUGCAUAUGGUGGUGGAUGCCCUGGACUAUCAGAUACAUAUAUUGAUGGAUUUAUGUGGUUGGAUAAGUUGGGAAUGUCGGCUAAAUUAGGAAUUGAUGUUGUGAUGAGGCAGGCACUUUUUGGUGCCGGAUCAUACAAUCUUGUGGAUUCUGAUUUUGAACCUUUGCCUGAUUACUGGUUAUCCCUGCUGUUUAAGAAACUAGUUGGAUCUGUUGUCUUAAAUGCCAGCUUUAAAAAUUCCAAGGACCUGUAUGAGCCAAAGAUUCGUGUUUAUGCCCAUUGCACAAAUGCUGACAAUCUGAAAUAUAGAACAGGAGAUGUUUCUGUAUUUGCCAUGAACCUGAGCAACCACACACAACAAAUACAGCUACCGAGCUCUCUGUCUGGAAAGUUCAUAGAUGAGUAUCUUCUUCUACCUGGAGAUGGAAGACUGUUUUCCAAAACUGUCUUGCUAAACGGUGAAGUGUUGAGAAUGGUGGAUGACAAAACGUUGCCUUCCUUGGAUGGGAAGGAAAAAGCUCCCGGCUCUCCUCUUGCUCUCCCUUCUCUAAGUUUUGGGUUUUAUGUUGUGAAAGAUGCCAAGGCCAGUGCUUGCCUGUAAUUUUCAAAUGGAACUACUGCAAUCAGAACAUCAGGAAACAUUUUUUUUUUUAAACUAAAAUAAUGUUUAGGCGGCAGCACCAUCAGUUUACAAGUACUCAUACUACAGACCUUUAGCCU